UUGCCUGUACCGGUUUUCUUGCAGAAUAUUCGGAUUCUAAAUUUUUAUUCGGUGAUCAAAGCUAUUUCACGAACUAGAAUUAGCUUGUUCUUGUUUUUUGAUCGUCGUUACUUCGAAUGGAUUAGCUACCAAGACUCAGCAUCGUCUUCAGCGGUUUGGGUACAAUUGUUAUGUAUACAUCUGAGAGGUACUCAAAAAUUUUGCAAAUCUGGAUGAAUACAGCGAAAUAAUGAUAACCGCCUCAGAGCCUUUGGAAUUUAUUCCACGGGGUCGUCAGGCGGUGAACGAACACCCGGGCCCCUUGGUGUUGAAGAAACCUGUACCGGUUCCGUCCGACUUCAUCCUGCUCCAGCGGAUGCAAGAUGUCAACAUCUCGCUCGAUGAUAGUCCCGUGGAAUUUUAUCUGCUACGUGAGACGUACAAUGAGUUAGAAGACAACACGACAGGACCCGGUUUCCUGCGCGAAGCCGAGUUCAAUACGGAAGAGGAAAUCUACGUUAAGGGUAACACUGCUGUCUGGACAACGGGUUUGAGCAGUGACGAAGCUGCACCACAUGUCUGCCUGACUUGUGAAAACCCUAUCAAAUACGCUUUCUUCAGUCCACGGAAUUUCAUUUCGUCGGAAUCGGAAAGGAAAGAAUCACAUGCGCAUGAAAAACGAGCAAAACCAGUGCAUCAUAGCAAAUCAGCAGUUUGCCUAUUGGGCGGUACAUCUCUGAAGGUUUACUGUAGCAGUGGUGAAAACUUUGGUACAAGCAUAGAAUGUCCAAUCUCGAACGUUUGGGUCUCGACCCAUGGUAUUCUGCUGGAAAAGGAACCAUCAAGUGCCGUGCUGGAAACGCAUUCGAUUCCUAUGCCUAGACUGUUCUCUCUAACACAUCCUCUUGAUGAAAUGUGCCCUGUUCUCAUAAAAAUUAACAACUCAACAGCCUAUUUGACUGAAGCUGAGUAUCGAGUCGUGUUUUCCUGCGAGGAAAACAACUUAGUACUGAUGUUCGAUGAGAAAUUAGCAAAGCAUUUUGUUUGUUUCCUACGAAAGGCUACCGAAGAGGAGAAGAGCGACAUGGGUUGGGGUAAUGAUAGUGGUUCCUUUUCCAAUAGCGUUUUCAAUGUUACCGGAAACAUUUCUCAUCAGGCAACAACACCUCUGCCAACAGUCAUUACACCACAAUCGUUCUACAAAAGCUCUCUUUUAGCACGUCAAAACGCAUCAACGGUGGGCCGUUUCAGUCUUGGAGCUGCCAACAGCAGUCCCUAUGCUAGUAAUUUGCAACUCGGUCACGCUGGUUCAUUCAAUCUCAACACUACAGGAGUUGGUGCAACCAACCGAAAUCAUGUUCAAACUCAUGCCGCCACCGGUGCAACGCCGCUAUCAAGGUUGCAAUCAACAUUAGGGACCUCCAUAUCACUUAUGGAUGUCAGGAAAAUUGGUCAAGCCGAACCAUCAAAGCCAAUUGUACCAGAGUUUUGCCUGGAGCAUGUUUGGACUGAUAAUGUCAGUCAAUGGAGAGAAUUCCCCGAAAAAGCUUCGAAUGGUUUUUUGCACGUCGAUAUGGUUGGUGAUGGCUAUCUAUGCUAUUUGCUGCCUCGCUCGGAGAAACUGAACUUGGUACGGAUUGAUCAUUGUUCCACCGAUCGUAUAAAAAUAUCACCGAGCACGCUUUCAAUGCAAAUUCCAGCUAAAGAUGCUGUCUGUAUGAAGCGUUUGAAUAUGAUUGCGGUGUUAGCACCGUGUGGGACUCUAAUGCUCUAUUCUGGACCGACUCAGGUCGGCAAGGUACACGUCGCAGGUAUACUGACCAGCUUUGUCACAUCUAGUGCACUGAGCAACUCGUUUGGUGCAUCCCAGGGCUUUCCACGGCGCAGUAGUUUACUGCCAACGGUGCCGCCUCAAACGGAUACGCGAUUCGAUGACGAGUUGCAUAUGCUAUCUCCGGUGCAACCAUUGCACUCUGCAGCGACCUCGUCACGACUGAGCAAUUGUUCUAGUAUCAGAGAUGGAUCAGGAAAUCGGUUGACUUUAGUGUUUAACAGUGAGAAAAUGUUCCGAAUUUCAUUACCCAUAAUGACCGAAUCUCAGCUGGUGUCACGCUGCUUGUUGGCACUGAGGGAGACCCUUCCCAAACAACUAGCGUUAGACCUGAUGAUCCGAUGGUAUGGCACGAAGAACGCACCCGGUUCGAGGGAUUUCGACGGGAAUCGAGAAUGGGAUGCUUUUGGUGGAAUGCUGUUCCAGCAAAUGGGCAGGCCAUUUCCGCCUCCUGACAGCCGAUUGAAUAAAUCCAAUUCUAAAUCGUCAUUCGACGAACCGAAGAAGCGACGUAAGAGUGAAAACUGUCUUGGAACGGAUAGCGAUUGGGAGUAUUUGAUUGGGCAUAGUGGAGAAAACAACACACCAGACAAGGAUACAGAAGCAAUCGCUCCGAUUCCUUAUGGGUCAGACAAAGCACUGUUUGAACACAUCCCCAGUAUUCUUUAUGCGUUACAUUUGGUCUACGAGGACUUAAAGCUAGAGCCCCUCUUGCGAAUCGAACUUAAAUUGCUGGCCGAAUUUCUGUACGAACUGUCGUUGGAUGUAAAACUGGAAAAGUUUCAGCUGCAUUACUUUUUAGAUUUCCAACAUUUGGUUGAUCUUCGGUCCUGCUGUUUUAUAAAGGAAGAAGCUAAGACCAAAUUUGUGAACUUGUUUGAUGCUGACUUUGAAAAUAUUCCCAGGAUAUUUCCCUACGUUCAUGCGUUGAUUGCAAAUCCCAACAAAACCGGUCUGGAAAGCUAUCCCUGUAUGGAAAGAAUCAACAGCCGUAGUCGAGAUGUAAUUUUGAUCGUAGCUUAUCUUUAUCGGGCCAAAGGUCUGUCAAAAUGGGUUACGAAACAAUUUGAGAAUCUAUUUGAUAGUUGGAAGGUUACUGCACUGGACGAUGUCGAUAAAACGAUGGCUACUGUAGUGAUCCGAGUGCUGAUGAAGCGAAGAUACAAUCGCUUGACCCUAGAAAAGUUGCCCGUAAGUAUACACUAUCUGAUAGCACAGUUUCUGGAAACCAAUCGCAACAAACCGAUCAAUAUGUAUGACGCGGAAGUUUACGAACUGCUACUCAGACCGGAACUGUAUGCUCAUGCAACAUUCGAUGCCCAAAAUCAGUCGGUUCGAAGCAAAAAACAUACCAGUGGAUUGAAGGAAAAUUCCCUCUCGCUCCGUCGAAAAACUCAACCAGAGGUCAUACCGAAAAAUGAAGCCAAACAAGAGGAAAACGGCAUGGAAAAUAUCGACACAAAAUUGUUGAGAUUGCGUUUUCCAGAUGAUUUGAGGAUCAACGAUGUUAAAUCGUUCCUCAACAGUUCACAACCAGUGACAAUCGAUAUCGUGCAAGCUCCCAAUGUUUCGGAUCAUGAUUUUAUCGAGGAACAAGAGAAGCAGUUGUACGCUUUGUGUAUUCGAACAAUGGCUCUCCCGAUUGGCCGUGGUAUGUUCACUUUGAGGGCCAGCCGCCCGACCGCAACGCAGACGCUGCCCAUUCCCAAACUGUGCUUAACUGGCAAAGAGAUACACCGAGGUGCCACAAUUGAAAUCCAGCAGCUGGAAGUUCCUCCUAACAUGAAUCUAUGGCCAACGUUCCAUAACGGGGUUGCAGCUGGUCUGAGGAUAUGUUCCGAUACGCCUGAGAUUGACUCCACCUGGAUUACGUACAAUAAACCGAAAGGAGUUUCCGACAUUCCAACGGAACACGCCGGCUUCUUGAUGGCACUUGGGCUAAACGGUCACCUAAAGUCUCUUUCGUUUAUGAGCAUCUAUGAAUAUUUAGUAAAAUGUGACGAAAUGAUCAGUUUGGGUUUGCUACUGGGCAUUUCAGCUGCCCAUCGGGGUACGAUGGACAUAAAAACAACUAAGCUGCUAAGCGUGCACAUAGAAGCGUUACUUCCUCCGACUGCGGUUGAGUUGGAUAUUUCGCAAAACAUUCAAGUAGCAUCGUUGAUGGGUAUCGGGCUCGUAUACCAAGGAACAGCCAAACGGCAUAUAGCGGAAGUGCUACUGCAGGAGAUAGGACGACCCCCUGGCCCGGAAAUGGAAAACUACGUGGAACGAGAAUCGUAUGCCCUUACGGCUGGCUUGGCGCUAGGAUUGGUAACCCUAGAACAAGGAGAGAAAUCAACUGUCCUGCGUGAUUUAGAUAUCCCGGAUACUCUACACUACUAUAUGGUGGGAGGCAACAGACGUCCCCUUGUAGGUGCCCAAAAGGAGAAAUACAAACUACCUUCCUUCCAAAUCAAAGAAGGUGAUACAGUAAAUAUUGAUGUCACAGCCCCUGGAGCUACCCUUGCCCUAGGUUUAAUGUAUUUCCGCACCGGAAAUGAAGCAAUCGCUAACUGGAUGAAACCUCCCGAUACAACAUACCUGCUCGAUUUUAUUCGUCCUGAUCUGUUGCUUUUGAGAAUUGUAGCCAAGAAUCUUAUCAUGUGGCACGAAAUCGAUGCCUCGACUGACUGGGUUUACAGCCAAAUUCCUCGAGCGUUAUCGGAAUUGAUUAGGAAUCGGCUCUACACUGAUCAUCAAGCGCAACCGACGGACCAUGAAGCGCAAUGUCAGGCCUAUUGCAAUAUCGUCUGCGGGGCAGCUAUCUGUAUUGGCCUAAAAUACGCCGGCACGGCAGAUGAGCGCGCGUUCACAACAUUGCACUUCCUGCUUAAAUACAUCCUUGGACUCAAUGGUCGACCUUUCGGAGACUUUGCCGGUAAACAAACACUUGAAAAUUGCACAAUGAUGAUUUUACUCUCGGUAUCCCUGGUACAAGCCGGUACCGGGGACGUAAGGGUACUGCGGGCAAUCAGAAUGCUGCGAUCCAGAUUUGGACAAUGUCACGUCACGUACGGAUCUCAUAUGGCAGUCCACAUGGCAUUAGGAUUUCUGUUCCUCGGUGCCGGACGUUAUACACUAUCGCGUUCGCCUGAGGCAAUUGCCGCGCUGAUAUGUUCAAUCUUUCCGAAGUUUCCCAUUCACAGCAAUGAUAAUAGGUAUCAUCUGCAAGCAUUCCGACACCUGUACGUGCUAGCAAUCGAGCCAAGACUAUUUCUUCCACGAGACAUAGACACCGGGAAGUUGUGUUUAUGUGAAAUCUACUACUUGGAAAAAGGCAAGACGGAACCGGUUAAAGUGAUGGCUCCAUGUAUGCUACCAGAGCUUCAUACACUCAGCAAGGUGUACGUGCAAGAUCACAACUAUUGGCAUGUGUACUUCGAUCAGGAGAAUUGGCACAAUUUAGAGAAUAUCCUCAAAGCUAGUGGAUGCAUUGAUUUGAAGCAACGCGCUGGUUGCCUAUCCUACUUAGAAGAUCCUAACCGUCUAAAAUCAAUGCUAACGCAAACGCUGACGACCAGUAAAUACAACUCAUGGAAAAUCGACGCAAACGGCUUGCUAGCAUUCUCAACGGAUCAAAGAAUUUCGAAUAUAGCAACUAAAUUCUUGCUCCCUGCGGAACACAGUGAAAUCGACGAAAUCGAAUCGAUACCCGCGGCGGAACGAAGUGUGAUCCAAAUGCUAAUGCUACAAACGUACGACUGUAUCACGCAUGACAAAAUGCACGGAUUGACGAUUUUCAUGGAUUUGAUGAAUUUCAUCAUCAAUUUUAAUUCAUCUUGCAAUUCCUCCGAACUAUGGCAGUUCCGUAUAAUCGCUUCUAUCAUUGCCAGGCGAAGAGCAAUAGCUGAAUCCGACAUGCUUAUAUCGCAAGAUAUGUUACAAUCGUUGGUCGAUCGCAUUCGCCUACGUAUGGAGCAAAUAUUGAAGGAAAGUAACCACCUGAUUCGUUCGUACGUUGUAGGCGUCCCGUCGGAACGCCCUCUAGCCGAGUUGUUGUCCGAACUAUGCGAUGAUGGUCGGUCGCGGAUUGUCAGGCUAAUGACAUUCUAUGACUUACCUAAUAGAAUCCUUAGUAAUGAUGUGCUGGAAAGAAUCGGCCAGACAGACUACCUGCAGUUUGUCUGUGGCAUGAAAGAACAAUACCCUGAACUGACUACUGCAACAAUAUGCUGCAUGGCAGAGGCUCUUGGACUAGAAUCGGUACGAGGAACAUUCUAAACAGUAAGUUAGGUAGACACGUUUAUUUGUAAGCAUACUUUUGAAAAGAAUGAAUUAUCCAACAAAAUAAUGCACCCUUCAGU